AUGUAUAGUGUCAUUUUGACUACGAUCCUCACGCUCACUGCCAUCGAGGCUUCUUUUCCUGCACUGUCCGUCGAGGACUAUCCCGACAUUGCCUCGAUACUUUCUGUCCCCCCAUCGUCCUUUGUGAGCUACGCACAAGGAAAUCUGAUUCGAGACAACCUCCUCAUCAGCCUCACCGGGGCACGCCCGCCAGCUGCAGCCACGCUUGAGAAACGAUGGGUCUGCGCUUCGUCUCCAACCUUUACUUGGGGCGACGCGGACAGUGGCGGCGUCGGCGUGACCAUCACCAACGCAGAUUUUGAGUGGCGCGCGUUCUAUGUCUACCAGAACCUCUGCGACUAUAUUCCGUUGAAGUAUCUCUGGAUUGCGCCCCAACAUACGGUUUUCGUAUCUCUGCCAGCCGAUUUUCAAGGUCGCAUCACACGUGGCACAGACGAGUGGAACCUCGGCGGUGUCCCCCGACCACUCGGAACCUGGCUCGAACUCGCUGUCGACAAUCGCAGCUGGAUUUGGGGCGACGUCUCUCUGAUCCGAGGAUGCGACGGACCCGUUCUCAUGUGGGCUCUCGACGGUUCUGGUGCAUGGAAGGGAUUCACACAAAAUAUCAUAGACGGGGCUCCUUCUGGCAUUGCCCCAUCCGGCGCGUACGACAUCAAGCCAUCCGGGCGAUGGGUCAUUGCGGCGACGGAGGAUUGGGAUGGCUCGACGAACAUCGUCCCCAUGGCUUAG